CGCCCUGCCUCGCGCCUGCCGUGGACGCACGUGCCGGGGGCGGGAGCAGCGGCCGCAGCUAUGGCGUCGUUACUUUGGGCUGGCGACGCUGGGGCGGCGGAGAGCGAGCGGCUGAACAGCCACUUUUCAAACCUCAUCCACCCCCGGAAGAACCUUCGGGGUAUUAAGAGUACUACAGUCCCAAACGCAGAUGAUUCUAUUAACAACACGGAAGAAGAUGAUGAAGAUGAUGUAGUGGAUUUGGCAGCUAAUUCACUCCUAAACAAGUUAAUCCGGCAGUCCUUAGUAGAAUCCAGUCACCGAGUUGAAGUCUUACAAAAGGAUCCCAGCUCUCCGCUCUACUCGGUGAAAACAUUUGAAGAGCUGCGGCUAAAGGAAGAGUUACUAAAAGGGAUCUAUGCAAUGGGUUUUAAUAGACCAUCCAAAAUCCAAGAGAUGGCUCUCCCUAUGAUGCUAGCACAUCCACCCCAAAAUCUCAUAGCCCAGAGCCAGUCUGGAACAGGAAAAACAGCUGCGUUUGUGUUGGCAAUGCUAAGCAGAGUUAAUGCCUUGGAAUUGUUUCCACAGUGCCUCUGCCUGGCUCCUACUUAUGAACUGGCUCUGCAGACUGGCCGUGUGGUUGAACGGAUGGGAAAAUUCUGUGUGGAUGUUCAAGUGAUGUAUGCCAUUCGAGGGAAUAGAAUUCCCAGAGGCACCGACAUCACCAAACAGAUUAUAAUCGGCACUCCUGGGACUGUCCUAGAUUGGUGUUUCAAGCGAAAAUUAAUAGAUUUGGCUAAGAUUCGAGUGUUUGUCUUGGAUGAGGCAGAUGUGAUGAUUGACACACAAGGAUUCUCAGAUCAGAGCAUUCGUAUCCAAAGAGCUUUACCCUCUGAGUGCCAGAUGCUCCUCUUUUCAGCCACCUUUGAGGACUCUGUGUGGCAAUUUGCGGAGCGCAUCAUUCCUGACCCUAAUGUUAUCAAGUUACGUAAAGAGGAGUUGACCUUGAACAACAUCCGACAGUAUUAUGUGUUGUGCGAGAACCGGAAAGACAAAUACCAGGCUCUGUGCAAUAUUUACGGCGGCAUCACCAUCGGUCAGGCCAUCAUCUUCUGCCAGACUCGUCGAAAUGCCAAGUGGUUAACUGUGGAGAUGAUGCAAGAUGGCCACCAGGUGUCCUUGCUGAGUGGCGAGCUGACGGUGGACCAGCGGGCUUCCAUCAUCCAGAGGUUCCGGGAUGGGAAAGAGAAAGUUCUUAUAACAACCAAUGUCUGUGCUCGAGGGAUUGAUGUGAAGCAAGUCACAAUCGUUGUGAACUUUGAUCUCCCUGUAAACCAAGCAGAAGAGCCGGACUACGAGACCUACCUUCACCGCAUAGGGCGAACAGGGCGCUUUGGGAAAAAGGGCCUUGCCUUCAACAUGAUCGAAGUGGAUAAGCUGCCCCUGCUUUUGAAGAUCCAGGAUCACUUCAAUAGCAGCAUCAAGCAACUCGACCCUGAAGACAUGGAUGAAAUUGAAAAGAUUGAAUACUGAAGAAAGAACUUGAUUGUUUGCGAAAUAUCCUAGUUUAUGUGAGAAUGUCCCAAUAGGUUUUGAAGGUAAUUUUUUUAUGUUGAGGCUUUUCAAUGUGAAACUGUUAUUCUGGCAAAAAAAAAAAAAAAAAAAUGUCGUCGUAUUUUAGUUUUAAGACCUGGGGUCUUUUCGAAACCAAACUGAUGUAAAGCACAUGAUCCUUUUGAAUAAAAAAGCAAAAUUAUGUCUUAUUCUAA